AUCUCUCUCUCUCUCUCUCUCUUUCUCUCCCAGUCUUUUACAUUUAGCUUUAAAGUUCAAGGUCCAGUUUUCUGUGACUUGGACUCCACACUCCGCAGGUGCUGGAAGUGUAUUAGAGUGAAGUUGUGGAGUGACUGGAGUGAUCAGGGGGAGAGUUUUGGAAGAGUUGCCAGAAGAUAAGGGACUUGACACCUACUUAAAAUGUCCUCUUCAGACAGUUGCUGCAGCAGAUUGGGCUCCUGCUACAAACCGCAUGGCUUCAUCGCUGCCGUCAUCACUAAAGGGCUGCUGGGAGUGCUGCUGUUUGGAGUGGUCUGGGCGAUCGUGGGUCCACUUUGUGUUCCGGGUCAGAAUCUGUUUGGGCUGGUGGUCCUGUUCCUCAGCGCUGUGUGUGGAGGGAAACUGGUGGGAAUGAUCCAACUGCCCACCCUCCCUCCACUUCCACCACUACUGGGCAUGCUGCUGAUGGGUCUGGUUCUGAGGAAUGUUCCCUAUGUGAGUGAGGCGGUGUAUAUUGAUCAGAAGUGGUCUUCAGCACUGCGCAGCGUCGCCCUCGCCAUCAUCCUCACCAGAGCCGGCCUCGGCCUCAACCCUGCAGCUCUGAGAAGGCUAAAGGCAGUGUGUGUGAGGGUGGCUGUGGGACCCUGCACUACUGAAGCCUGCACUGUAGCGGUGAUCUCUCACUUCCUCAUGGGGCUGCCAUGGAUAUGGGGCUUCAUUCUUGGGUUUGUAUUAGCAGCGGUCUCUCCUGCAGUGGUGGUCCCCUCGAUGCUGCUCCUGCAGCAGUCCGGGUAUGGGGUCCAGAAGGGGAUCCCAACACUCCUGAUGGCCGCAGGAAGCUUUGACGACAUUCUUGCCAUUACUGGAUUUACCACGUGCCUCGGCAUGGCAUUUGGCACAGGCUCCACAUGGCUGAGUCUGGGUAAGGGUGUGUUGGAGGUAGUAGUGGGGAUUGUAGCAGGAGGAGUGCUGGGCAUCCUACUACACUUCUUCCCCAGUGACGACCAGGAGGAUCUGGUUCUGAGGCGGUCCAGUUUGCUGCUGGGUCUAUCUGUGUUUUCAGUGUUUGCUAGUCACACUGCUGGACUGGGUGGAGCAGGGGGGCUUUGUACUCUCGUCCUGUCCUUUAUUGCUGGACUCAGCUGGGACACUAAGAAGGCCCCAGUAGCUGCAGUAGUUGGAAGGUUUUGGGACGUGUUCCAGCCUAUGCUGUUCGGUCUGAUUGGAGCUGAAAUUACUAUUUCUACUCUCAGCCCUAACACUGUGGGUUUGGGGCUGGCCGCUCUGUGUGUUGGAGUCGUGAUCCGUGUGUUGGUGACGUUUGCUGCAGUUCUGUUUGCUGGUUUUAACCUGAAAGAGAAAAUCUUCAUUUCUUUGGCCUGGUUGCCCAAAGCAACAGUGCAGGCUGCUAUAGGCUCCACUGCCUUGGACAUGGCACGCAGUGUAGGAGACGAGCAGAUGGAGGAUUAUGGGAUGAUUGUUCUGACCGUGGCUGUUCUGUCCAUUCUGGUGACGGCACCUAUUGGAGCAAUCGCCAUCGGCCUGGCUGGACCCAGACUACUGCAGAAGUACACUGAGAUAAACGACACACACACAGAGGAAAAGACUGAAAGUAAUCCAAAUACGGAACCAAAUGUGGCUCUGGAGAGCAAACUCUGAAAAGAAACACACACCCACACACACACACACAUACACUCACAAACACACACAGUGUCUUAUGACUGUAUCACUCCAUUAUAAACACAGUGACAUUAACAAAAGGGGUUAGGGGGUCCAGUAUCAGUAUCAGACAGAACUAAGAAGCAGUAGUGUAGCUGUUUGUGUGAUUAUCUUCUGUUUAUUGAUAAUGUGGUGUGUUUAUAAUGGGUCUGAUAAAACACUUACACUCCUCGAAAAGCUAACUAGACUCCAAACUUUCAAAAUCUAAACAGUUACAAGAACAAAGAGUGACUUUGUUAGCAGUUAGCUAGCAGCUAACUGGGACAAAUAGUUUGGAAUAUUGGACUGUGACAUGGUCUUACAAUUCAUGCUACAGUUGGAAGCAGGUUUUUAACAAGAUAAGUCAGUUCACACAUAAGUUCAAAGCAGCGCCAUCCUAUUACAGUCCAGUGCUACAAAUACGGUUAGACUGAGGGUCCAUCCACACAUACCUAGUUUUUGUCUGCAUUAUGGCCUCCCAUCCACAUGAAAACACUGUUUAAAAAGCUGGGAGUUUUGAACACCUUUUGAAAACAGAGCUUUAUGAGAAAAAACAACAUAUGCAUGUUUCUGGCAGAUUGUCAAAUAGGGUGGAGUCAGCUAAAUGGGCCACAAACGAUUGUAGCAUUUUAGCUCUUUUAAAAAUUACAACAAAUCAAAAUAAUUGCUCUUGCAUUGUUGCCUAUUGUACCUACUAAACAAUAAUUUUUCAUAAUUUUCUGUCAAUUUAUAUAAAUAUCAUUAGGACAAAUACAAAGCUUAUUUGAUGGUCUAAUAAGUAAUUUAUCAAAAAUGAUGGAGCAUCAGAGUAAGAGGAAGGAAGAUGGCUAAAGUGAUGCAAACAUCAUGUCUAGAGCCUACUGUAAAAGCUUGUAAGGGUGAAGCUAUGAUCUGGUUUUGCUGCAGUUAGUCAGGUCUGGGUUCAGCAAAGUUAUGUGUCUAAAGAAUGAGGUCAGCUGACUACCCGAAUAUACUGAAUAUAGACCAGGUUAUUCCAUCAAUAGAUUUUUUUCUUCCCCGAUGACACAGGAACAGUCCAAGAGGACGAUGUUAGGAUUUAUGGGGCUCAGGUUGUGAAAGAGUGCUGGAUUUAGGGAGCAUGAGAUCAUUGUUUUCACAAUUGGAUUGGCAAUCAGAUCUGAAUCCCAUUGAGAAUCUUUGGAUUGUGCUGGAGAAGAUUUACCACAGCGAAUGUGUGUCGUAAUCAAAGCUAGACGAGGCAGUCCAAUGAAAUAUUGGAGUAUGUGACCUUUUUCUAGAUUUAGAAUCUGUAAUUUUCUGUGAUUAUCAUCCGUGUGUGGUCGGGAAAAACCUGGAAAACCUGAGACAUUGAAAUAUCCGUUUUCAAAAAAUCCAGAUACAUGUGGACAAGGGAUAAAUAUAGGAUUGGGAUGUUUUGAGGGUAAAACAAGCUAAAAAAAAAAACCAUAGUAACAAUGUCCUGUUUAUUAAAUUCACAUUUAAGGGUAGAUUUAAUGGCAUAACACAUUCUUAAGGUCUAUUUUUACUGACCCCCAUACAUUUAGAUUUGAAAGUUUUGGGAGAUACUGGACCCCACCUUAUUUUGCAGUGUUUUGUUUUCUUGUAGCUGUCCUGCCAAGUCUUUCUCCAAACUUACAGCUCAUAACAUGAUGAAUUUAUUCUGGGAAACUGAUCUUUUUCUUUUAUUUAAACGAAUUAUUUAUUAUUUAUCUUAUUUAUUUUAGUACAUCUUAACAUAUGCUCCUUCAUGAAACACACCAUAAAGAAAAUGAUAUUGCUCUCUCUCUCACACACACACACACACACACACACUCACACUCACAUGGAGAUUUAAUUGCACAACUGUUCUUACACAUCAACCAGCAAUAAACCACAGCCCUUUAUUACACAACAUUAAUACAGUGGUUUAAUAAGUCUGACUAGGCUUUAUAUUUUGUCAUAUUUCUCAUUAAAUAUUUAUACACAGAUAUUUCACAAAGAACAGGGCUUAUUGAUGCAUUUAUUAAUAUUAACACAUCUCUUAAAAGUUCACUGGAGCCAGCUAGCCGGAAAUAAAACACACACACAAACAUGUAGCAACUAGCUAACUGGCUACUGUGCUUGAGUAACACAGGCUUCCCCUUCAGAUGAGCUAAUGAAGCUAUGGCUAAUUAGAAGGAAACCUAGCUACUAAACUUUCAGAAUUCCUAAACAAUUAUAAUUUUUCACAUUUUCUUAAUAAGUAAAGAAACCCAAUUCCUAUAUAUGUCAUUAGGGCUCAUACAGAGCUCAUUUGAUGGCCUAAUAUAAAUAAUUAAAUAUAACACAUACUGCACAAACAUGUAGCAGUCAUAAUUAAGAUAUGCUUCAUAAUUACGAGAUAGUAAGUCAUAAUUAUGUGAUAGUAUAUUAUAAUUAUAAGAUGCUAGGUCAUAAUUAUAAAAUGGUAAGUCUGGGGCUAUUAUCUCAUUAUUAUUACUUAGUACCUUAUAAUAAUAAUGACUUGGUAUUUCAUCUCAUAACCUUUCUUUUUUCCAUAUGGCAGAAAUGGGCUUCCAUGGAAAACUUUACAGACAUAUUUUUUUUCACUGUUUUGCUUCUAGCUAACACCAUCUAGCUCAGUUUGUCUAUCUGCUUGUUGGUAAAAACAUUAUUACAUUAAUGUUAGUACACUAUUACACAAUAAUUGUUAAAAAUUGUUUAAAAACUUGUUAAAAAUACUGUGCAUGCUUUAGGACAUAGUUACAGAGUAUUAUUGUUAUUAUUACUUAUGGAAGCUAACAUGUAUUUUUUUCUAUUGAAUCUUAUGUGCAACAAAGCAAAGUUUUUAUUAUAUUAAAAAUACAUACCUAUCUACACAAGAAAGUUACCUACUUUACUAGAGUCGCUAACUCAGUAAACUUACGAUUAUAACCUACAUUACUUUUUCUGUUUGUUUGAUUUGUUUGUUUAUGAGCUGUUUUUACACUGCCCUUUGUACUCUGUAGUAAUGACUGAUUCAUUUAUAUGUUGAAAUUACUGCCAUCAUUUAAUGUAAACUAGAGCAGAAAGAGUUUUGUUAAGAAGCAGUUUUAAAAAAAAUCUAAUUUGAUCCCUGACUCUAGAUGCAUGUUGGGUAUUUGACAUGUGCUUCUAGUUUAGAACAGGAAAUGCUAACAGUGCUAAAAUCUCUAAGGGCGAUUCCCAUUACUCUUUUGUACACUUAACCCUUGUUUUCGAGUGUAACCCUUCACCUUUGAACAGAGGUACUAUUUUUCUCAAGUUCCAGUGAGCAACUAUACAGAGGUAAAUAAAAUGUAGCACUGUGUUCAGUGCUUGUUAGCUAAAUUAGCCUAGCAUUUCCUGUUCUAAGUUAAAGAAGCACCAAAUGGUUACCAAACAUGGUUGUGAAUUACUAACUGAAUCAGGGGUCAUUAAUCAAUCAUGAGAAUUAUUUUUUUUCAGAGAACUGUUCUUUAAAUGAAAUAUAUUAUAUAUUAUGGUUAUAUAUAAAGUUUUAUAAGUGCUUGUAAUGUUCUGACCUGUAGAAAAGCUACAGCUUAAUGCGCACAGAAAACAGUCAAAUAAAAACUCUCAACUCUCAA